AUGGCGGAGCACAUGCAGAUCGAGCAGCCCAGUUGGGGGGAAAAGGUGUCCAAAUGCUGUCUGUUGCCGCAACGCGUAAUUGUGGCCCUUAUGGGAUUUCUCUGCAUUGUGAAUUGCUAUACGACACGGAUCUGUCUGUCCCAUGCAAUUACCGUGCUGGUUAUACGAAAGAAUACGACCGACAAUUCAACUUCUUCGGAGGAAUCCUAUUGUCCGCGCGAUCCGGAUUUUGGGGAUACCAAGGAAUCGCCAUCUGGAAUCUACGACUGGUCGGAGCAAGUGCAGGGCAUUAUUUUGGGAGCAUUCUAUGUCGGAUAUUUGCUCACCCAUCUGCCGGGUGGCAUUUUAACGGACAAAUACGGCGGCAAAUGGGUGCUUACCAUCGGAAUGGCAUUCUCGGCGAUCGCAUCAAUCUUCUCACCAUUGGCCAUCACACAGGGCGGGCCCUGGGCUCUGGCUGUUAUGCGUGGUGUCAUGGGCAUUGGGCAGGGUGUGGUUUUUCCGGCUCUGGGCGGCAUACUGGCCUGUUGGGUGCCCGCCAAGGAACGCGGCAAAUUGGGUGCUUUAGUCAUGGGUGGCGGCACCUUGGGCAGCAUUGUGGCGAACUCCUUGUCGGGCGUACUUUUAAAGGCCUUUGCUUGGCCAAUUGUCUUCAUAUUCUUCGGUGGACUUACAUUCAGAGCCUGGAAAUAA